GUGGAUAAGUACGAACCGCUUCUUGACGUUGAGUGUGGCGAGGUUCGAGAAGACGCGGAAAUAGCGGCUAGUGCCGAUCGACCGUAUGAAAUAUGGUUGGACACGGAAGGCACAAAAAUUGAAGCUGAUAACGAUGUCAACGUUUUCCAGUCUUUUCUUGAUCAACAGCCGAGCAAGUUACAUCGGCGAGCUAUUUCCUAUGUGAUCAACACUGUCGGCUUAUUAAUCACAAAAAUUGGUAUGGAGUCAUUUCCGAGGCUCGCCAACCCCCACGUGCUCUUGCCUGAGCUGCAUAUUUGUCAUGCGCUUCUGCAACCCGUGUUUCCAUCGUUUCCUCGAAUACUUCGCUACACCGAUGCGAACAAUGAAACAGCGGACUCGGUGAAACCAGUCUAUUUGGUUAUUGAUACGAACGCUUUCAUUGAUCAGUUGAGCGCUAUUCAGAAAAUUCUGCAGUGCGAACGUUUUCGAGUACUGAUUCCAACGACAGAAGUUCGCGAGUACAAGGAACCGACCGAAGGUGCACGACAAGCAGUGACGUGGUUACGUGAGCAGACCAGGCAGAAGAACGCACGUCUGUUCACGUUGACGAUGCGUGGACGCCGACUGCCGAUCGCGGUGGUUCGAGAAGAAGCCGGUGACGAUGGUGAAGUGGUGAACGACGAUCGUAUCCUGCGAUCAUGUGUGAAUUUCACUCAAUCAGAACCUGCACCCGAGUCGCUGUUUAGCGAUGUCAAAGUACCGCAAGGUCGAGAAACGCCGAACAUUUACCGUAACCUUGUGCUGCUGACCGAGGAUCGAGUGUUGAACAUGAAAGCGAUGAGUCAGCACAUUCCAUGCCGAACAAUGGUUCGCUUUAUGAAAUGGGCCAAAAUCAGUUAG